AAUGAAUUGUCGCCUCUGUUAGAUAGCCGUUAGCCUGCUCAACACCUUCCCAUCGUCGCCGCCGCCACCGCCGCCACUCGCCAUGCUGAGAAGUGCAGCGCGGGUAGCCGUGCCCGUCGCCCCUGCGUCGCAGGCCUAUUCGCGCCUCGCCAUUCGGUGCAUGACAUCCUCAUCUUCGUCUUUAGCGUCAGCUCCUCCAAAGGCGCCCGCUAAGACGCUCAAGCCGUCGUCCAAGGUCAAUGCCCGUACAUCCCGCCUACUGCGCUCGCAACUAGGCACUUCCGCCGACGCCUUGGCUCCUGAACAGCCUACUCCAGAGCAGCAGGCUGCUCAUCAGGCUGCUCUGCAACAGGACACCUUCUCGCGUGUAACUUCCUCCCCACCGGCAAAGCUGCAGCAGGUCAUUGCUCACGCAACGGCGUCGACCUACGACUUCAAUGCGCUCAUUCAAUCUGGCAGACUGCCUCCAGAUUGGCAGCUCUUGGAAGACGGUCAAGUCAUCUAUCUGCCGUCUUGGCCAGUCUCUAGCCACGCCGGCCCUGCAAGCUACACCUCCCAUCGCGCUGGCUCGGGCGAAGUCUUCAUACUCCGCAGUGGCGCCUACGUGACAUGGGGCAUCAACGCCGAACAGUCGAAGCGAUUUAGGUCUCUCGUCCUCACCCCAAGGCAGGAGAAGGGAACGUCGACGUGGCAGGUUGAACGGGGAGCCUAUGAAGAUGUCGGAGAGGAAGAGAUGGAGUUCUUACGCAACGAAGAAGAGGUGACGCGAGUCGUCGGCGACGUUCUAAUCAUCGGACGAGCACCGCCCGAGGCAGAUCCAGAGUCGCCCACCUAUGACGAUCCCUGGUCACCACUCCUCGCUCGCCUCUCCUUCAGCGCAGGCCUGGCCCUCUCUGCGCGUCUGUCGUCACAAGAGACGUCCCUCUCGACGUACCUUGCAUCCGUCCAAGGCAUCCCGCGCCUACUCGAAGAAAAAGGUCGCGUACCCAUCUCACGGCGAGAGGUGGUGCGCAAGAUGGGACGCCUCCUGAAGCUGCGUCAGAUGGUCAAUCUCGAGGAAGGGUCCAAAGUCGAGGAGCUUGAGCUCUUCUGGGAGAAUGCGAGAAUGGAGCAGCACUACGAUUCGAUCUGCACGACUCUCGACAUCGAAUCGAGGUUCCGAUCGCUCAACGAGCAGCUCGACCACGCCGAGAACCUCAUGGGUGUGCUCAGGGCGCUCUUGACCGAGGGCUCGAGCCAUCGUAUGGAGCUCGUCAUUAUCGCUCUCAUCGCCGUUGAGGUGGCAUUAGCUCUGAGCUCCCAUAUACCAAAGGUGUGGGCGGACGAUGACGAGGAGGAGGAGGAGGAGGAGACAGUCAAACCCGUCGUCGUGGCGCGCUGAGCACGCUUACCUCUGAAUGCUAUUACUAGUCAUCGCUCUGCACAU